AUGUUUUAUUCAGAGACCCUGUUGCAGAAAUCCGGGCCUUUGGCCCGGGUCUGGCUCUCGGCCAACCUCGAGCGCAAGCUCUCUAAGAAUCACAUCUUGCAAUCCAACGUCACGGACAGUGUCGAGGCCAUUAUUACGCCUAAUCAGGCGCCGAUGGCUCUCCGUCUCUCCGGACAGCUUUUGCUUGGUGUCGUCAGAAUUUACCAGCGCAAGACGCGUUACCUGCUCGACGAUUGCAACGAGGCUAUGAUGAAGAUUAAAAUGGCCUUCCGCUCCAGCGGCAACAAUGAUCUGGCAUCUAAUCUUCAGAUUUCCAACCGCGAGUCUUUGCUUCUGCCUGAUCGCAUCACGCCAUAUGACAACCUUGACCUUCCUCCCCCCCCGGACGCCUCAUGGCUUCUCUCGCAAGUAGACGAUGUCACUGCAACUCCUGUCGGCCGCAAAGGCCGAACAAGUAACCGCGAUAUCAACCUCCAAGAAGAUUUCGACAACAGCCAAUUUCUUAAAGGGCCGGGUGCCCUCGAUGACGACCUGAUGCCUACCAUGGACGAUCUCGAACUUGAUCUCGAUUUUGGUGAUCUCGAGGGCGGCGUUAGCAACAUCGAAAUCGGUCGAGACGCUCCUGCUGCCCGGGAUGUUGAAGACGACAUUUUCAGCGACAUGGAAAUUGCCGUCGGCAAAACUGCCGAUGGUCCUACUGCACUCGACUUGGAUCCCGACAGCAUUCACAUUAUUGACGGCGAUGGUGACCUGCCCAUGCUUGAUGGUGAUGAUUUUGGUUUUAACCCAGAAGACAUGUCGAACAUGCGCGAUCUUUCUGCCCUGCCACAGUCUCAUCGUGCAAGAAUUUCAGAAUCGCCUUUGUCAGAUAUUGACGAGCACUUCGCCAGAGAGGUAGCGGAGCACUACGCAAACAACACAGACAUGUAUGAGCCUGCCGAUGAAACAGAAACGACGAUUGUUCGCCGCCCUGCACAGCGCUCCAGAAGGCAAAAGAUUCUCAUGCCAGACGAGGAAAUUGCUCUCUCCAGCAGUCUUAUCAAGCAGCAGCAAACCAACCGCGAAAACAUCAUCAAACCAGCCCGAUAUGUUCCUCGCGACCCGGUCAUGCUCGCCCUCAUGGAUAUGCACAAGAACGGUGGCUUCGUAUCAUCCAUCAUGAUGGAUGGCAGAAGCUCUGCUUGGGCACCUGAGCUGCGUGGAAUGCUCACACUGGAUAUGCUACGCGACGACCUCAAGAGAAAACGCGAUAGCGGUAUUGCGGAUGUCGAUAGUGAGCGCGGUGCUGCCAAAUCGCCUCGUCUAGAGUUUGACGAUGAUACCAACCUCGGACUCGGCAACAACUUUGGUGACAACAGCGUUGCUCCUGACGGCACCAUCAUUCAAAUGGAUGAUGAGGGCUUUGAACCUGGCGUCGAAGAUACUGGUUUCCCGAGCUUCGAGCAAACAACAAUGCCCAUUGUACACCCUGAAGAAAGCGGGCCCGUAUCUCUCGGCACUAAGCACGCCGUUCACAUCUUGCGGGAUCUGUUUGGAUCAGAGGCUGCCCAUAGCGCCGAGAAGCGUACCCAGUCAACGGUGGUCUUCCAGGAUCUUCUGCCUGAGAAGCGCACCACCAAGGCUGAAGCCACGAAGAUGUUCUUUGAGUGUCUCGUCUUGGCCACUAAGGACGCCAUCAAGGUCGACCAAGGUCCGGAGCUCGGGGAUAACAUCCGCGUGCGCGGCAAGCGUGGUCUUUGGGGCGAGUGGGCUGAGAGAGAGGCUGGCGGUGAAAUUGCUCACAACGAUAACGAAUCGGCGCCUAUGGCUGCUCAGCCUUUGGCCGUCGGCGCUUAG